AUGUCAACCUCAGACGAGGCAGACGGGCUUUGGCCGAGAUAUGGGUCUGUUCUGGAUGGCGUGGAGCGUCUCACGGCGGAAGAGAUGGAUGAGAGGCGACAGCAAAACAUGGCCUACGAGUACCUCUGUCAUCUGGAGGAGGCCAAACGGUGGAUGGAGGCGUGUCUAGGUGAGGAGCUCCCGCCCACCACCGAGCUGGAGGAAGGGCUUAGGAAUGGGGUGUAUCUGGCUAAGCUGGGCAACUUCUUCGCCCCGCACACUGUCUCCAUCAAGAAGAUCUAUGACCGUGAGCAGACGCGGUACAAGGCCACUGGACUUCAUUUCAGACACACGGACAACGUCAUCCAGUGGCUCAACGCCAUGACUGAGAAGGGCUUGCCAAAGAUCUUCUACCCAGAGACGACAGACAUCUAUGACCGGAAGAACAUGCCGCGCUGCAUCUACUGCAUACAUGCUCUCAGUUUGUACCUCUUUAAACUGGGGCUAGCACCUCAGAUCCAGGAUCUGUAUGGCAAGGUGGACUUCACAGAGGAGGAGAUUAACAACAUGAAGAGCGAACUGGAAAAGUACGGAAUCCAGAUGCCAGCCUUCAGCAAGAUUGGCGGCAUACUGGCCAAUGAGCUGUCAGUGGAUGAGGCUGCAUUGCAUGCGGCAGUGAUAGCCAUUAAUGAGGCCAUAGACCACGGGGUUCCUGAGGGAACCAUGGCGGCCAUGCAGAACCCCAACGCCAUGCUGAUCCAGCUGGAUGCCGGCUCUGCUCGGCACUACCAAGACAUGCUGCACGGCGCCAAGUCCAAUAAGGUGGCCAACUCACGCAAACGGCUGGGGGAGAAUGCUGAUGCGGAGAGAGACGUCUAUGAAGAGCUCCUCACGCAGGCUGAGAUCCAGGGCAAUGUUAACAAGGUCAACUUGACAAACUCCCUGAAUGCAGCGGAGCAGGCCCUACAGAGCGGUGAUGAGGACCGGAUGUAUGAGGCACUUCGUUCCCAGGCUUUGGGCCUACGUGGCCUACAGUCCCCGAACAAGGGCUGGUACCUCAAACAGCUGACUGCUGCCCGUGAGGAUAAAGAACAGAAUUCUCCAGGGGAGGCACUUACCAAAGAUGAGUUGCAAGGGGGAGUAGAUACAGGCAAUGAGGUUGCAGCAGGUUACCAGAGAAUGUUGCAAGCAGUGGAGAGGAUCAACGCGGCAGUCAGAGAGGGAGUACCGGAGAACACCGUGGCCGAGCUCAUGAAUCCUGAUGCCCAGCUUCCUGAGGUCUACCCCAGCGCUGCUGAUCUCUAUCAGAGAGAACUGGCCAGCCUGCAGCAGCAGAGCUCAGAGGGCUCUCUGUCCCAUCCGGAGCUGCUUGUUGCCGUGGAGAUGCUGUCAUCGGUGGUGUUGAUUAAUCGGGCGUUGGAUGUGGGUGACCGGGCCUCCAUGUGGAAACAACUGUCCAGCGCCGUCACCGGCCUCAGCAACGUGGAGGACGAAUACGCCCAGAGGUACAUGGAUGAGUUGAUGCGCCUGAAGGCCGUGGCCAGGGAGGAGGGUAGUGACUAUCUGACCUGGAACGACAUCCAGGCCUGUGUUGACCAGGUCAACCUGACCAUACAUGAGGAGCAUGAACGUAUUGUGGCCAUCGGUCAGAUCAAUGAAGCUCUGGAUGGCGGCGACCCUCAGAGCACCCUGGAAGCCUUACUGCAGCCUGCCGCCAAGCUAAGCGACGUGGACCCGCCCGUCGCCCAGCACUACUUUGACAAACUGCUGGAGGCCCGCAGGGAGAAGGCGCAUGAGACCCAGGACCCCUCCGCUGUCCUCUGGUUGGAUGAGAUCCAGGAUGCCAUACUGACGUCAAAUAAGGAUACCCAGGAGGCCUUGCAGUUCUCCCAGGCCAUCCAUUCCAUCAACGCAGCCGUGGACAGCGGAGAGGCGUCUCAGACCCUGGCCGCACUGCGCUCCCCUGGGGCUGGCCUCUAUGGUAUCACCCCUGAGUGUGCCCAGAACUACCAGGCUGAUUUGAAUAAGGCCAAACAGGACAAGGCCCAGGAGGGCGACAAUGGCAGUGACUGGAUGAAGCACUGGGUAAAGGGAGGACACAAUUACUAUUACAACCUGAAGACUGGAGAGGGCACCUGGGUUGAACCUGCUGACUUCCUGCAGAACAACACCCAGCUCAGUAAAGAUGACAUCCAGUCUGUAGUUUCUGGGGUGACCAGCACCUACAACCGGGAGCAGCUGUGGCUGGCCAAUGAGAGCCUGAUUGCCAAGCUUCAGGCUGGUUGCCGGGGCUACCUGGUGAGGAAAAGCUUGAAGGAGAGAACCAGCUUCUUGAAGUCCCAGGAGCCAGCCAUUACCACCAUACAGGCCCAUUUUAGAGGCUACAAGCAGAGGAAGUUUUAUGUGAAGAGGAAGGAAUACCUGGAGGACCACACCGAAGAUGCUAUAAAGAUCCAGUCCAUGGUGAGGAUGCACCAAGCUCGCAAGAAGUACAAUGAACGCCUGAAGCACUUCAAGGACCAUGUCAAUGAGGUGGUGAAGAUCCAAGCGUUCAUCAGAGCUAACAAAGCCAGAGAUGACUACAGGACACUCAUCAAUGCUGAUGACCCUCCCAUGGCGGUGGUGCGCAAAUUCGUCCACCUGCUCGACCACAGUGACCAGGACUUCCAGGAGGAGCUGGACCUCAUGCGUCUCCGGGAGGAAGUGGUGACCAACAUCCGCUCCAAUCAGCAGCUGGAGAACGACCUGAAUUUGAUGGACAUCAAGAUUGGCCUCCUGGUGAAGAACAAGAUCACCCUGCAGGAGGUGGUGUCCCACAGUAAGAAGCUGACCAAGAAAAACAAGGGCGAGCUGUCUGAGCUGAUGAUGAUGAACAAGCAGAGAGGAGGCCUGAAGGCACUGAGCAAGGAGAAAAGGCUGAAGCUGGAGGCCUAUCAGUAUCUAUUCUACCUGCUGCAGACCAACCCUACGUACUUGGCCAAGCUGAUCUUCCAGAUGCCCCAGAAUAAGUCCACCAAGUUCAUGGACUCGGUCAUCUUCACGGUGUAUAACUAUGCCUCCAAUCAGAGGGAGGAGUACCUGCUCCUCAAACUCUUCAAGACUGCCUUGCAGGAGGAGAUCAAAUCCAAAGUGGAUCAGAUCCAAGAGAUCGUCACAGGCAACCCUACGGUCAUCAAGAUGGUGGUGAGCUUCAACCGCGGCGCCCGGGGCCAGAAUGCUCUUAGGCAGAUCCUGGCGCCAGUCGUCAAGGAGAUCAUGGACGACAAGACGCUGAACAUUAAGACGGACCCAGUGGACAUCUACAAGAGCUGGGUCAACCAGAUGGAGACGCAGACAGGAGAGGCCAGUAAACUCCCCUAUGAAGUAACACCAGAGCAGGCCAUGAGUCACGAGGAGGUGCGCACGCGACUGGAAGCCUCCAUCAAGAACAUGAGGACAGUCACAGACAAGUUCCUCUCUGCCAUUAUUGUCUCUGUGGACAAAAUCCCGUAUGGGAUGCGUUACACCUCAAAGGUGCUAAAGGACACCCUGCAUGAGAAGUUCCCCGACGCUACAGAGGAUGAGCUUCUCAAGAUCGUGGGCAACCUGUUGUACUACCGGUACAUGAACCCGGCCAUCGUGGCGCCUGAUGCCUUUGACAUCAUUGACCUGUCAGCCGGUGGUCAGCUGACCACAGACCAGCGGCGUAAUCUGGGUUCCAUCGCCAAGAUGCUGCAGCAUGCUGCGUCUAAUAAGAUGUUCCUGGGAGAUAACGCCCACCUCAACCCUAUCAAUGAGUACCUCAGCAGCUCCUACCAGAAGUUCAGGCGUUUCUUCUUGGCGGCCUGUGACGUCCCGUCCUUGGAAGACAAGUUCAAUGUGGAUCAGUACUCUGACCUGGUCACACUCCAGAAGCCUGUCAUCUACAUCUCAAUAGGAGAGGUCAUCAACACUCACACGCUGUUGUUGGAGCACCAGGAUGCCAUUGCGCCAGAGCACAACGACCCCAUCCAUGAGCUGCUGGAGGACCUGGGGGAGGUGCCCACCAUAGAGUCCCUCAUCGGUGAGAGCCCCCUUCCCCCAGGUGACCCCAACAGGGAGAUGAUGGGGAAGACUGAGGUUUCCCUGACCCUCGCCAACAAGUUUGACGUCCCCGGGGAGGCCAACGCUGAGAUGGACGCCAGGACCCUACUGCUUAACACCAAGCGGCUGAUCGUGGAUGUGAUCCGUUUCCAGCCUGGGGAGACCCUCACUGAGAUUCUUGAAGGGGCGGCCAGUCCUGAACAGGAAGCGGAGUAUCAGCGUGCGAUGCAGCGACGGGCCAUCCGUGACGCCAAGACCCCGGAGAAGAUGAAGCAGGCCAAGCCGGUGGUGGAUGACAGCCUGACGCUGCAGGGCAAGAAGGACAAGAUCCGGAGCAACCUACAGCGGCUGGCCGAACUGGGCAAGGUGCACCCGGAAAACCGCUACCAGGAACUCAUCAACGACAUCGCCAAGGACAUUAGAAACCAGCGACGGUAUCGGCAGCGCAGAAAGGCUGAGCUGGUCAAGCUCCAGCAGACAAACGCGGCUCUGAACUCCAAGACCAACUUUUACAACAUCCAGAUUGAUUACUACAACCAGUACAUCAAGACCUGCAUGGACAACCUGGCCAGUAACAAGGGCAAGGUGUCAAAGAAACCAGGCGACGCCAAGGCCAAAAAGAGUAAACAGGUGUCUCAGAAGUACACUGCCGCUCGCCUUCAUGAGAAGGGUGUGCUGAUCGCCAUAGAGGACCUGCAGACAAACCAGUUUAAGAACGUUAUCUUUGAGAUUUCUCCAUCGGAGGCGGUUGGAGUGUUCGAUGUAAAGGCCAAGUUCAUGGGAGUGCACUUGGAGACGUUACAGUUGGAAUACCAGGACCUCCUACAGUUGCAGUAUGAGGGUGUGGCUGUGAUGAAGCUCUUUGACAGGGCCACCAUCAAUGUCAACCUACUAAUUUUCCUGCUCAACAAGAAGUUCUAUGGAAAAUAGAGGAAAGACAUGAGGGAGGGAGGGGGAAAACCAAAAUGGAAAAAAACAACUACCAGACUCAAGGACCUGACCUUGCGCUGUCUUCUCUUUGCUUGGUUUCCACCUUUGUCUAAAUAAGUAUGCAUUCAUUAUGUGCCUUAUUGAGAUGGAACAUUCACCAUACGGUAUGUGCCUUAUUCUCCAAGAAAAAGUCCUCUGGAAGCCUGAACGGAUGCUCCAAUACUGACUGUAUCCUUGUUGGGAUCCAGAAUAAUUUGCUGUUGCAUUUUGUGUUUCUGUAAAAUUGUCAGAGGUAUGAAAUAGGGUUUUGUCUGUGUCAGGCGCACCUUUGCAAAAUAUUUGAAAGUGAAACACAGUACAAGAUUUGCAUGUUGAUGAUAUCAGGCUAGCUAUUUUGUCAUACAGUAUAGCUUUAGGAAACUUGCAAAUUCACUAUUAGCAUAGGAAAUACCUAUCAAGAGUAGACUAAACUGAACAAUCAGUGCAAAAGAAAUGGUUAAUGCUUUGUGUUAAAUAAAUUUAUAAACAAAACCUGUCCUUAUUUAUAUAUUUUUAAGUGUUGUCCGUUGUCAGAGCAUAGCUAAUGUUUGGAAGUUAAGGACAGCAGAGAAGUUAUGUUGAAGCAAGUCGCUUUUCCUAGUUCUGUUUCACCUGUAAUUUGAAUUCAAAAUAUGGUUUAUUUUACUGCAUUAAACGCUCCAAAGGAAACAACUUGUACACUCCAGCCUAGAGUGCAGUGUUAUAUCAAAUGUAGACGCAUGUUAAAGGAUCCAGUAGAUGUCACUCACUGUAUACUUCAUCUGUCCAAAUCAGUGUCAUCACAUAAUUGGCUCCAUUUCAGAAGACUAGAAAGUUUGAUGUACAAUACUGCAGUGUCAGAAUUGUAUUGAUUGUUUUUCUUUUUUACACCAGUGUACUCCUGUAUUGAAGUUAUUUCCACUUGGCUAAACCAUGAUAUAGGUAGGUGCCUCCUUCUGUGCUAUGUUUUGCUUUCAUUACAGUCCAUAGAUUGUUUUACAUGUUUUAAAAUAAAGCUUUAUUAUGCAACAACUCGUCAUUUUACCUAAUCCACAACA